AUGUUAUUAAAAGAUGAAAUCAAAAGAAAUAUAUUAAAUGAUAACAGAGAUAAACCAAUUUUAAAAGUAAGUGCUUAUGAUGUAGGAAUAUCUACAGAAGAAGAUGUAAAAACUGAAGCUGACAAAGAAAUUAUUGCUGGAAAGUAUACUGUACAAUCAUAUAAGCUUCGAGACAAGGCAAGACCAUUUAUAGAUUUUAUGCAUAUGACAACAACUGGUGGACAUGGUGGUGAUGGAUGUGUUGCUUUCCUUCGAGAAAAAGGAAGAUCUCAAGAGCCACCAUCUGGUGGAAAUGGAGGUCGAGGGGGAAAUGUAAUUUUUAUAGCAUCACCUAGUCAUUCUUCACUUCAUUCUAUUUCACGUAGUAUUACUGCUGGUUCAGGAGAAAGUGGUCGAGGUAAUAUGAGACAUGGUGCAGCUGGUAAAGAUAUUAUAUUACCAAUUCCUUUAGUAUCACAUGGAGGAGAAGGAGGUAAAGGAAAUCCACAUUUUGCAACCAAUGUAAAUAGAUCACCAACAUAUGCAUCAAAAGGAAAACCAGGUGAAAUUCGAUAUUUAGAACUUGAAGUAAAAACAAUAGCAGAUGUAGGAUUAGUAGGAUUACCAAAUGCAGGAAAGUCCACAUUUUUAACAGCAGUAUCAAAUGCUCAUCCUAAAAUUGCAUCAUAUCCAUUUACCACAUUAAAUCCAUAUAUUGGUACAGUUGAUUAUUUUGAUAAAUAUCAAAUAACCAUUGCAGAUAUACCAGGAUUAAUUAAAGGAGCACAUAAAAAUAUUGGAUUAGGUCAUUCAUUCUUAAGGCAUGUAGAAAGAUCUAAAGUAUUGGUUUAUGUAAUAGAUUUAGUAACCAAUGAACCAUGGGAAGAUUGGAAAACAUUAAUUAAUGAAUUAGAACAAUAUAAUGAAGGUUUAACUAGAAGACCUUCAUUAAUUGUUGCUAAUAAAGCUGAUGUAACUGAAAAAGCUAAAAAGAAUUUAAAAUUAUUAGAAACCGAAGUAGCUUAUAUUAGGGGUGAACAAGAAAAGGAUUGGAUAGCAAAAGAAAGCAUUAAAAUUUUUAAAAAUUAUGAUCUCGAAGAUUCCCAUUUUAAAGGUUUCAAUCCAGAUUAUAAUCCCAAGGGUCGCGAUCUCAAUGAUUAUAAAGAUAACGAAAAUGAAGAGGAUAACGAAGAUGAAUUCCAUAUUAUACCAAUAUCAGCAAAAUAUCAAAAAAAUAUAGUGAAAGUUACAACUAUAUUAAGGCAGAUGAAAAGUUUAGGACAGACUGAUUCAUCAAGUUUUAACUAUCUCGAUUUAUUGAAAUCUAAUUAA